AUGGAAGUGGUGGACGAGACCGAGGCUCUGCAGCGCUUCUUCGAAGGUCAUGAUAUUAAUGGAGCUCUUGAAGCAUCAAACAUUGACACCAGCAUCCUGGAAGAAUACAUUGGUAAAGAGGACUCACAAGAUAUUUCUGAUUUAGAUUCCAUCUCUGACAUUCCCGCAUCAGUCAGUUAUCCUCAUACUCAGCCUGCCAACUCUGCCCUUGUCAAUGCAUCUGUCUCCAGUGUUGGUCAUGUAAUUACUCCUGUACCCAAUGGUAACUUCCAUCAUGGUCCCCCAAGCACCCAAGUUCCAGUCCGUCAUGGUCUCCAUCCUGGCCCUUCAAGCAGUCAAGUUCCAAUACGGCAUGGUCCCCCCUUGCCAAAUCCAUGUGGGUCCAGUUACAGUGCUCAUCUCAACUGCAAUAACAACAAUGGCAUGGUAGUACCCAAAGGGUUUCUCAGUGGCCACUGCCUGUCCAACCUUCCUCCUCCAAUCAAAUCAGAAGCCUCCUACACAUCCGGCACUUUACCCGACUCUCCCCCAGACUCCGGAUCCGAAGCUUACUCCCCUCAGCAGGUGAAUGAUCCUCACCUUCUUCGAACUAUGACUCCUGAGAAUAUGUGUCAAGUUACUCCCCCUUCACGGUUAGAGCAUCCCCCACCCCCUCUGCCUCCUCCACCCCCACCCCACCUUCAGGGACUGCCACCGCCACCACCUCCUCAUUCACACCAGCAGCAGCACAGCCAUCAUUAUCCCAGCAUGCAACGGGACAUGUACUCGAAGGCUGAGCCUCUGAUGCCACAGUUCACUAUAGGACAAGGCAUGUCACCUGGUGACAUCCAUCACGCUCAGCAGUCGCAGAUGCUUCAUCAGCUACUUCAACAACAUGGAGCUGAUUUCCACAGUCUUCCAGUGCACCCUGCCAAGAAGAGGAAACACUCGGAGUCACCAUCAAACACUCUCAAUGCCCAGAUGUUCAAUGGGAUGAUAAAACAGGAGCCAGGUACAGGAUCUGUGCCCCUCAACUCUGACAGAGUUCAGACACCUCCCUGGCAUCAGCAGGGGGCGCUCUCCCCAGGACUGAUUCAGGAUAAUGACAGCUUGAAUAGCUCCUCCUACUUGGAUCCCAACUAUCAAUCUAUAAAAUGGCAGCCACAUCAGCAGAACAAGUGGUCGACUCUGUAUGACGCCAAUUAUAAAGAGCUACCUAUGCCCACAUACCGAGUGGAUGCAGAUAAAGGCUUCAAUUUCUCUGUGGGAGACGAUGCUUUCGUGUGCCAGAAAAAGAACCACUUCCAAGUCACCGUGUACAUUGGUAUGAUUGGAGACCCCAAAUAUGUCAAGACUCCUGAGGGCCUGAAGCCACUUGAAUGCUUCUAUCUGAAACUGCAUGGGGUGAAGUUGGAAGCAUUAAACCAGUCAAUCAACAUAGAACAGUCUCAGUCGGAUCGCAGCAAGAGACCUUUUAAUCCUGUCAUGGUCAAUUUGCCACCAGAGCAAGUCACAAAGGUCACAGUGGGGCGGCUGCACUUCAGUGAGACCACGGCCAAUAACAUGAGGAAGAAGGGGAAGCCUAAUCCUGAUCAAAGAUACUUCAUGUUGGUUGUGGCUUUGCAAGCUCACUCUCAGAACCAGAACUACACUUUGGCUGCUCAUAUCUCAGAGCGCAUCAUUGUUAGACAAAGGGCCGGUUCGGGGGUAAAACACAAACAGAGGGCAGACGGGGACCCCGGAGUCUGCAGACAAGCUUCUAACCCAGGUCAAUUUGAGAGUGACAGUGAUGUACUUUGGCAACGGUCUCAGCUCCCUGACACUGUCUUUCACCAUGGCCGAGUUGGCAUCAACACAGACCGGCCUGAUGAAGCCUUGGUUGUCCAUGGCAAUGUUAAAGUUAUGGGAUCUCUUAUGCACCCAUCAGACAUCCGAGUAAAAGAUGAUAUCCAAGAGGUAGACACCACAGAACAACUGAAAAGAAUCUCCCGUAUGCGGCUGGUGCACUAUAAUUACAAGCCAGAGUUUGCUGCCACUUCUGGCUUGGAGAAUACAACUGAGACAGGUGUUAUUGCUCAAGAGGUGAAGGAAAUUCUUCCAGAAGCAGUAAAAGAUUCUGGGGAAAUAGUCUUUACCAGUGGGAAAACUAUUGAGAAUUUCCUUGUGGUGAAUAAGGAGCGUAUUUUUAUGGAAAAUGUUGGGGCUGUGAAGGAGCUUUGCAAAUUGACUGACAACCUGGAGAACCGAAUUGAUGAACUAGAGAGGUGGAGUCAUAAACUGGCGAAGCUCAAAAGGUUGGACAGUAUGAAGUCAACUGGAAGCUCUGGAGCGUUCAGCCAAGCUGGAAGUCAGUUCAGCCGUGCAGAAAGCAUACCGCAUAAAAAGAGGCCCCCCAAAGUGGCAGGCAAGACUCCCACACAAGGCGUCAAAGACCAAGCUUGCAUCAGUCAACGUUUUCUGCAAGGUACCAUUAUUGCUUUGGUGGUCAUCAUGGCAUUCAGUGUGGUGUCCAUGUCUACGCUCUAUGUGCUAAGCUACCGCAGUGAGGAAGACCUUGUGGAUAUUGAAGGCUCUUUUGCUGUGCCUACUUCUUGCCUUCUGGCUCUUUUUCAGCACAGAGGUCCUGGCGUCCCAGUUGCUCUCUGUCCAUGGUCCAGUCAGAAUAUAGAUAAAAAUAAGAUGACAUUUUCCACUACUGCAUCAUCAAAUACCCCUGACAAUGCUUCCCCUUCAGAGAAUGACCAAAGCUUCGUGUCACUCCUACCAGUGACAAACAUCAAAGCCAAAUCGAGGGGGAUCACUGGCAAGACAGCUUCGCACACAAAGUGGCCAAAGACUGCUGACCGAUCACGAGGCUUUGGGGGUCUCAAUGCCAGCCCCUCCUCCCUCUUCACCAACAUCCAGGGCAAGUCCAAAUAUAUUGCCAACCUGCCCCUCACAUACAACAGCGUUCCUUCUGAUCGGGUAUCACGGCAGCGGCGGAGCAUCAGCCAACCAGAUGCUAAGGAGCCUGGCAUCGCAAGCACCAAGCCUAAUGCACCUGUGCUCCAGUUUGUCUCACUGUUGGAGGCGAAUGUGGUCAUCUUACCCCAAGCCUGUGCUACAGGGGACGAUUGCAGGACUGGAAAUAUCACUUAUCGCAUUCCCAUCAGCAAAUUUACAUCAGUUAACACAAAUCUUACCUUGGAAAUGAAUGCUUCCUCGGCUGUAUCUGGCUAUCUUUGUAAUCUCACAUCUAACAGUCCAUGUCUGCACACUGAAAAUGUCCUAGACAGCUUGUCUAAUGCAACAGAUAUUCAGGGAGCAACAUACCGUUGGCCUGUGGUCAUGAUGCCAUUCCAGGAAUUCACUUACCACUUCCGAUUAGCUAGCCCUGGCCAAGCUAAUUGCAGUACCCCUGUGGACCAGAUGGGCUCUCUCUUUAAUGACUACUAUUUCCAAUUUUAUUGGCUCUGUGAAUGAGUCUCCGGAACACCUGCACCCUUUUGACCGAAGCAGAAAAACGAUGGGCUCCAAGACUCAUUUGACUGAAUACUCUCUUCAAAGAACACCACGCCCUGACUAGUUGCUUCUAAUCGAUAAUCCCUUCCUUUGGGUCUGAGUUACUUUGGUUUCCUUCCUACCAGAGGGAUGUUAAUCUUAGAAUGUCAUACUUUGGGAAGGAAUAGUGCCACAAGCAAGACAAGGAAAUACAGAGGCAUUUUGUUUUCUUGAUUUGCUGUAGGAUGCUAGAAUUUAUCUGGCUCUUGAAUACACUGGAUUUUAAAAUUUUAGGCUUGACCAUGCUUGUGUUCAGUCUAUUUGGGCAUCUCAGAACUGAAAGAUAU